ACUUAUUGUCAGCUGAGCAUUGUGACUAAUGUCAGUUUUGUGUGAGUUUUUCUUCUUUUCUUCAUUGCAGACAUUCUUCAACAUUUUGUUUGUUUUCUAUUAUUGUUUGCUUUUUUUCAUCCAAAAAAAUAAGUUCAACGUAUUGAUUUGAGACAAAGUGUGUUAUAAAUUUCACAGUUCCUAUGUUAGCAAGAAGGAAAGACUACGGCAUUACUUAAAAUACAGCUGAUGUGUGUAGUGUGUUUCAAGUAGUGCACAUCAACUGCUUGAACUAAAUUUAAUGUUAAAAUUAUGAACAAAAGCAAUGGUCAUAAUACCAAAAAGAGCACGGUUGAUCCAGAAGUUUUCUUCGAGAUUCCAAUUAUUACAACAUCAUCGCCAUCGAUGGAUACGGACUCAGAGGCAUCGCCAAUCUACAGGAGUAUCACUAAACAAUCGGGUGAUCUUAAUUCCGAUGAAGAGACUGAUACCUCUUUCAUAAAUAAUAACAACAAUGGAAUCAAUCGCAGGGUCUCAUUUCUCCGUUCACUGAGUCCAUCCAAUUUGAAUUCAUCGGGUGCUUCCAGAGGGAAUGUUCGAAGAUGGUCGCAAUCGUUGACGAGUGCGUCGAAAUCACGGCAAAACAGAACCAUCAACAUGAUGCCUUCUCGUUUACAAAGGUUACCAACCGCUCUGUCAUUGGACGGUCAACUUCAUCGGAUUGUUGACAACGAAUCCGAGUUUGAGCAAUUUGUACAGGAAAUUGAACAAUACGAUUAUUUGAUGGAAGACAGUGCAACCGCUACACAAAUUCGAAAUAAAACAUUACGAGCUCUGCCACAAUCGCUGUCAAUUAAGCGGCAAAUCAAAUCGAAUGUGUUGCACAUCGUGAGAGAACGCAGUCAUCGCAUGGGUAUAAAUCGUUGGAAACGCGCUCUACAUGUGUUUGGGUUGUUUUCGACCAAAUCCAAGCUAAUGGUGCGGAAUUCCAUGCGAAAUUUGCGAUUGUGGAACGAUUCGAUGAAAGAAAUCGAAGGACAUUUUGGUGCCGGCGCCGAAACUUAUUUCCGUUUCUUCCGUUUUCUCUUUGUGAUCAAUUUACUUCUCAUGAUAGUCACAUUUUUGUUUAUUGUUCUUCCGCAACUGUUGAAUGAUUAUAUUCAACAGAAACCAGAGACUUAUCCAAGAUCUCGCAUUGUGAACACGGAUAAACUGCAUGAAGAAAUCAAUAUUGUCGAUUUGUUCACAGCAGAGGGUUCCUUGGAGAAUUCCACCUUGUUUUAUGGAGCAUACACAGAUCAGCGCAUCAAACUAUAUGGAAGCAGUACGUAUAGUUUACCGUUCGCCUAUUUAAUGACGAUGAUGUGCUUCUAUGCAGUCACAUUCAUCACAUUUUCGAUAACGACGGCUGAAUCUUAUCGCAAAAGUUUUAUUGCAACAUCUGGUGGAGAAGUUUUGCGCGCUCAUAAAUUGUUCUGUUCAUGGGAUUUUGGUAUAUCAAACCAAAGAGCGGCUGACAUGAAACAUUACAAUAUUUUUUUGGAAUUGAAAUCAAUUGUUCAUGAAAUUUAUGAGAAUGAGUGCUUCCUAUCGAUGCAACAAAAGAUUUGCGGGUACAUCAUACACACUGUGAUUUGGAUGUUUGUCAUUGUUGUUUUAAUCAUUAUCGGCAGCUCAAUUGUUUUCAUAGCGGAUGUCGUUGAGUAUUUCGAUGUAAAAGAUGAGUUCUUCUCUUAUAUAAACGAUGUCCCGUUGUUUUUGCCAACCGUAGCAGUUCUUGGACUCUUGCUAUGCCAAUUUCUGUUUGAAUUUUUAGGAUACUUGGAAAUGAAAACCGUCCGUAUGUACAGGUCACCACGAUCUCAGUUGCAUAUAGCUCUCAUUCGCAAUUAUAUGUUGAACAUAGUCAUAAUCACGGCGCUGGCAUGGUUUUGGCUAUCGAAUGUGGAUGAGAAGAAAUGCUGGGAAACGUGGAUUGCACAAAACAUUUAUCGCCUUAUCGUAAUCGAAUUUAUGUUUGUCGUCUGCAUUGGUACGAUAUUUCGGCUGAUUAGGUUUUUGGUUUAUAAAUAUGUUUGGAGUUGGAUUGGACUCUCCGAAUUCAAUAUAUCACGUGGUUGUCUUGGAUUGAUUUUCAAUCAAACGCUUCUGUGGAUCGGAAUUUUCUUUUCACCUCCUCUUUCUGCUGUUAUUGUUCUCAAAAUGAUUGUCACGUUUUAUUUGAAGAAACUGGUCUUGAUCAACUUUUGUAAGCCGCCGUCGAAGCUUUGGCGCUCAUCGCAAACAUUUACUCUAUUUUUAGCAAUGAUGUUUGUUUCUUUAACCAUUGUCAUCGUUAUAUAUUUUUAUAUCUUGACUCAAAUGAACGUGAGCAAAAUGUGUGGACCGUUUCGCAACCAUGUUUAUAUGUUUCAUGUUCUUCGAGGGGAUAUUUUGAAGAUGCAAGAGAAUCAUUUCCUGUGGCAAUUAUUUAUGUUCCUAGUUCGGCCAGCAGCGAUCGGAUUACUUUUGCUGACUUUAUGUGUUCUUGUUUACUAUUUGCGCUCAAAAUCGAAAGCCCGCAUUGAAAUGGUGAAAUUGCUCAAAGAGAUGUUGUACAUCGAAGCAAAAGAUAAAGAGUUUCUUCUGGCUAACAUAACACGAAUCACGGAAAACAAUGAAUGGCUUCUCGAAGACUUCAUGAAACAGUCACAACUCCUUGGGCCAUGCCACAAAACCGUUGAUCGACACACCGAAAAUGGUUUUUCCAACCGUACAAAUGGAAAGUAUUCAUUUCAAAUCGAUGAAGACAACAGCGGCAAAUCCAAUAAAGCACAUCGUAUCAACAUUAAUAGCCGAUCAAUAAAUAAAGGUCGGAAGAAAGACGUCGAAACCUUACGUAAACGACGACCUUCAACUUUGGAAAAUUCACUAUAAAAACUGUUUUACUCACUGAUUUCAUUUUUCUGCGUUUGCAAUUCACUGAUUUUUAUUUUUAUUGAUAAUUUUAAGUACAUUAUGUUCCUUGCUAAUUGUAUAUGUUGAACUAUCGCUUCAGGGGGUUUUGAGCUUUAUUUUCUAAUGUUCUCAGAUUAUUUAUGAUUGUACGCAAUUUUACUGUCAUUAGUGUAUUUAUGGCAAUAUAACUGAAUAAUAGCGUUUUUAUUGCAAACAAUAUGAUGAUAAUUCUUGACCAAAAUGCAACUCCUUCGAAUUAGAGACUUCGUUAUUGUACAAAAUAUGAGCAUAUCGUAAAAUAUAUACCGCUUUUUGCUCUUUUUUAAUUUUAAA